UUUGCACAUGAGGCUUCGCUGCCGUCGGGUCAGCGCGCUGUGUGUCCGAAUGACGUCUUUGCUCAAGAUCUCACAGCUGGUCCUGCUAGUCUGCGUCGUACUGGUUACGUCAACGGAGGGCGGCUUUUACGGAGAAGGGGAGAGGCACGUCUACGCCGGUGCUGAGGACUACCCUCCGGGCUUCGUGAUCAGCACGCUGCGGAGCGAGGAAGACAAGCACGGCCACGAGCAGAGAGGCUACGGCCACGGUCACAGGGACUACGUGAACGAGCCGGAGUACGUGGUGCGGAGUCCGUACGGUGCUCUGCUCCAGCAAGCCGAGUCCCACUCCCAGUUUUACGGUGGGGGAGUUGGUCCAAUCGGGCACGACCACGUCGGUUUCUACGGAACAGGUGUCAGAGAAGACUACUUGAUGGCUCGCUGAGUUCGAUCGGGAUGUGAUCAUGCGCGCGAACGUGUGCGAGUGUGUUUGAGUGCGUGAGAGAGCUUUGAAGUUACAGGAGGUUUCUAGGUAAGCUCUCUGGUCUGGGUGUUGGUCUAAAAUUCCUUUUCUUAUAUUUUUCUCUUUGAUGUGGUUUUUUGAUUUCCUAUUGUAAACUAAAAACGCUAUCUGGUUCUCUGAUAUGUUACGAACAUAAUUUUCAAAUUAUACGGCUAAUGUUUCCCAAAUGAUGAUAUGGUAUUUUCUGGCCACCAACGGUUUUUGUACUGGUUUUUCAAUCCGCUUUUGCUCUAUAGGUUCUUUCCACUACAUGGACAAGGCGCGAGGCUGCAUGCUGUCUGUCAAUCUCAUGAAUUUAAUAUUGUAAAACAAUACAUUCUGACAGUUAUCUUACUUUCUCUACGUAGGAAGUUUCAUCUGAGGUAUGCUUUUGGCCUCAUAAGAAACGUCAUAACAGUAACCCUGUCUUUCGCUAGUUUAUAUGUCUUGUUUAAUACGUCGUGAUAAAGAUUUCUUUUGUUUAUAUUGAUGACAGACAAGGGAAACAACGUAUUGUUUAUUCCUUUUGUUCCUUCUUGUUUCUGAAAUCAAAAGAAUAAUCAAUCCCAUUAAAUGUGUUGUACCAUAGCAAAAAUAUACUGAUUUGGAGACAACAAUUGUAAGGUCAGUUCGCUAGUCAUACGAAUGAGGGGAUCCUGAGAACUGUUGAAUAAAACCGUCGGCGAUAGGUAACCGCUUGCACGCUCUUGUAAGGUGCGUUGUCUCCUUAUUUAAUUCUGAGCUUUCUAUCAUAGGGUCAUUGUGCUUGAGUGUCUUGUAAAUUUGUUUUUAAGUUCAAAUCCAAAGAUGUGUAGGGAACUUUUCCACAUCUAAAAUUGGACACAAAGUACGUUUGGUUUUAUAUGUAUUCCUUAUACGACCUUUGAGUGAUGUUGCUGGUUCUAACUAGCAAUGAAAACAGCUCACUUGGAAACAAUGUCUCUAACAUUAUGCAGCAAUGUCACCAAUUCCCAUUAAAAUAAACGACAAGAUCAUGUUUACUCUAAUAUCUAAGUCUUCGGCAACUGCGUGAACACAUUUCAAAUGAGGCGCGCAUUGUAGUUUAGUGGUGUUUCAUCUGAACCUUGCACUGUAUAUUUGAGCAAUUCUUGUCUUGUCAAACAGGGUCUUAGUUAUGGUAUGUUGUCUUUAUUGUUGAAACAAAUUAUUGCAUGUGUUUGCUUUAGAAAACUCACGGUCAAUUGAGGUCGAAAGAUUUAGAAAUCGAGUUGGACAACACGUUAGGAAAUCAUUGUUUUAUGUUUCCGACCGCCGAUUGAAGCCCUGUUUUGUGUUUGGGAGGACACGUUGCACGUCCUGCAAGUGGACGAAUUAACUUAAUUUUGUUGUUGAUUCAAAAAUAAAUCUAUCUUUUAAG